AUGAGUAGCUUUUCGCUCUCCGUCUUCACUAGGCGCCUUGGUCCCCGCCAAUGGACCUGCACGACCUGCAAGAGCCAGCUCCCCCGAUUUCCCAAGCCGACCUCGCCCUUGGGUGCUCCCAGACGCUUCGCCACCGCAACGGGCAGGAAUGGCUCGUCGCAACAGCAGCGCCGCCCGCGCAGAGCUCUGUUGUUCGCAUCUACUAGUGCGGCCGUGGGCGGUGUCACGGCGCUUGCCUUCAUCGAUGACAUUAAAGGCGCCUACGAGGCUGCUGGGCGCAGCGGUCGCGUCGUCUCUGGGCUCGCCAUCUGCAUCAACGACUACCGUACCACACUGAACCAAAGAGCCCUGAUCGAAGACGCCGACGAAAAGGAAGCCAUCCUCAAGGCAUGCCACAAGCGAUGCGCCGAACGCACCCUCAAGGUGCUCGAGAAGAAUGGCGGCAUCUUUAUCAAGCUUGGACAGCAUCUUAGCGCAAUGAACUACCUCUUACCCUCCGAGUGGACCACGACCUUUAUCCCUCUCCAGGACAAGUGCCCCGUCUCGUCCUACGAAUCGAUUGAGGCAAUGUACAGAAAGGACACGGGCGAGGACCUGAUGGUGUACUUUUCCGAAUUCUCGCACGAGCCCAUCGGCGCCGCCUCGCUCGCUCAGGUGCACCUGGCCACGAUCCGCGCCACGGGCCAGCAGGUCGCCGUCAAGGUGCAGCACCCGGAGCUGCAGGCCUGGGCGCCGCUGGACCUGGCGCUGACCCGCUACACCUUUUCGACGCUCAAGCGCUUCUUCCCCGAGUACGACCUCGAGUGGCUGUCGUCGGAGAUGGAGGUGUCGCUGCCCAAGGAGCUCGACUUCCAGGAGGAGGCCGUCAACGCCAAGUCGAUGCGCGACCACUUUGCCAAGAUCCCCCACCUCCCCCUCAUCAUCCCCGACGUCGUCUGGGCCCGCCGGCGCAUCAUCGUCAUGGCCUGCGAGGCCGGCCACCGCCCCGACGACCUGGCCUACCUCGACGCCAACGGCAUCGACCGCGACGAGGUGUCGGCGACGCUCGCCCGCAUCUUCAACGAGAUGAUCUUUGGCGACGGCGCGCCGCUCCACUGCGACCCCCACGGCGGCAACCUCGCCAUCCGCAAAAACGACGAGUUUCGCGGCUUCAGCGGCCGGCCCAACUUUGACGUCAUCCUCUACGACCACGGCCUGUACCGCGAGAUCCCGCUCGCGCUGCGCCGCUCCUACGCCAAGAUGUGGCUGGCCGUCAUCGACGGCGACAUGGAGCGCAUGAGGCGGUACGCGCACGAGGUCGCCGGCAUCACCGACAAGGACUUUCCGCUCUUCGCAUCGGCCAUUACCGGCCGCGACUAUAGCGUCAUCUCCAAGCAGGGCUCCAUCCUGCAGACGCGCACCGGCGACGAGGAGGCCGCCAUGUCGACGUCCCUGCAGGAGGGCCUCAUCGUCGACCUGGUGCAGCUGCUGAGCCGCGUGCCGCGCAUCAUCCUCCUCAUCCUCAAGACCAACGACCUGACGCGCAGCCUCGACGAGAACCUGCAGACGCGCCAGGGCCCGAUCCGCACCUUUAUGAUCCUGGCGCGCUACUGCACGCGCACCGUCUUUUACGAGCAGCUGGACAAGAUCCGCGAGCGCGGCGGGUCGUUCCUCUGGCCGGCCAACGCGGUCCGCGUCGUGUCGGCCUGGGCGUCGCUGAUGCGUGUCGAGAUCAAGCUCGAGGUGUUUGAGCUGUGGCUGAGCAUCAAGCGCAUGCUGGGGCUGAGGAGCACCGCAGCGCUGCAAUAG